AUGGUUUUGACUCCCAUUACUGCUCAACCGGAGCUUCUUAUGCCACAGCCUAACGCAGCUCUCUGCCCCCCGGUGCCGUCUACUCCGCCUUCUUCUGAAGCAGAGACAUCCGAACCAGAUUACGAAAAUGAAGAAUCAGAGCGCAGUGUGUCUCUCAAGACACUUAUGCUCCUUUCCAACAUUGACCAUGCAACUUCACCAAACUACGCGAACCCUGAUCAGCUAUAUGACGAGGCAGCAAAGCAUGACGUGCCCGAGCUCAUUAAACGCUACUACGAGCGUCUCUGUGAACGAUUCAAGCUGAACCCUACGCAACCGAUACCCGAUGGCAUCCCAAAAUACUUUCUUGCUUAUGAGAUUUUGGGAAAAGCACUCCAGUCAAAGGGCACACGACUCGAACCAUUACGAUUGAACAUGGAAGUGGACGAAAAUUAUCUCGGCAAAGAACUGCCAAAUAGCCAAUGGGGCCUUUCUGCAGUAAAAAAUGGGAAAUUUCUGGCAGAUCAUGGCCGCUAUUACGACAUUAUGCUGGAUGAGUCGCCUUACAUCAGAAUAAAUGGCAAACUAUCCCAUUUCAGCGACGAACUCGACGAGUUGGAGGUACAGACAGUCUAUCCGACAGCUGAGUAUCUACCGACUUACCGCCGCCAACUCCAACAAUUACGCAGUGUGCCUCGCCCUGAAGAAGAUGGCUUCAAGAAAUCCAUUGAUGACCUCAGUUCCCUAUUUGAGGAGAUUGAGAGGUCCGACAAUUCAUACAAUCGCCUAAUCAACUAUCUUCGGCUGUACCUGUAUCAUGACCUAUCGUUCAACCUUGCUAUCGUGUCCGACGGAUUCGAUUUUUUUAACGAGGUCGAUGACGAGCAGACAGACAGGUUCAAGUUGCUUGAACGACGUGUCCAAACAAACUCUAAGGGCCUAGAUCUUGAGCUUACUCGGAGCAUGAAAAUCCUCAAAGAGAACGACACCAGCAACUACACAGAGCUCUCGGCUCGUAUCCUUCGUGCUCAGGCUUUGCAGAGUAAGUUGAAAUUGGGUGUAUUGUUAGAAAAGGCAAUCGAUGAGUGCGAUUGCUUCCUUCUUGAGCCAGAUGAUGACAAGUAUGAAAUGAGCAUGAGUUUUUCGAAGAACGAUUGGAGAAGAGAGUAA